AUUCACGAUCAGAGCAAGGACAUGACAUGGAAGAAUAUAAUUCACAACAUAUUUCCGGGGCAAAGUCUUUAUACUGUGUCGAAUUCUUCUCUCUCGGAAUACGGUGUCUGCGGUGAUACUGGACUCGCUGUUGUGCUCCGGACAGGCAAAGUGGGGCCGACAAGUCGGACUAGUUUUGCUACUCCCACAUGGAAUGGAAGGCCAAGGACCAGAGCAUUCAUCCGCGAGAUUGGAACGCUUCCUCCAGUUAUCCGACGACGACUGCACCUAUCUACCUGGCGAGGAACUGGGUUCCAGCGCGACAGAAACGCCCGAGGAAAUAAUGACCCGACAGCUGUUCAACAUAAAUUGGAUAGUCUGUAACCCGACAACUCCUGCCAACAUGUUUCACCUCCUACGGCGGCAGAUACUCAUGCCAUUCCGGAAGCCGCUAGUGGUAAUGACUCCGAAAUCAUUGCUUCGACACCCAGAGGCCCGGUCAAGCUUUGACGAAAUAUCAACCGGCACUUCGUUUCAACCCGUGAUCGGUGACAUCACGGCGGACUCAAAGUCUGUUAAAAAAGUAAUCCUCUGUUCGGGAAAGGUAUACUAUGACUUGGUGGUGCAGAGGGCUGAGAGGAAGCUGGAUGAUACGAUAGCUGUCAUACGCGUAGAGCAGCUUUGUCCAUUUCCCUACAACUUAGUGGCGGAGGAGGUUCGCAAGUAUCCAAAUGUUAAGUUAUUAAUGUGGGUCCAAGAAGAGCAUAAGAAUCAGGGUGGUUUUCACUUUGUGCGAGAACGGAUUGCCCUCUCUUUGCAUAAACACAUUGAUGAUAUAGCCUACGGCGGCAGAGCCACUUCGGCGUCUCCAGCUACCGGUAGCAAAUUAAUUUACCAAAAGGAAUUCAACCAAAUGAUGGAAACAGCGAUGGGCCUCGAAUGAAAUUGCAACGUUCAAGUAACUUUCCACUCUUUAAAUUUGAACAAAAAAUUUUUACUCACGGAUUCAUGAAAACGAACAAUCAUUUAAUUCUGAUUUUUAGAAUCUAGGCAGAGACAUGCAAUCGGUAAACAAGUCAGACGUCAAAACCAGGCGAGAUACCGUAAUUUGCUAAAUCAUCAGUAUAUUGUACGGUAUUAACCGUGUAGUUAUAAUUUAAUCACAGUGAUUAUACACUUUUUUUUUAAUAAUUAUG